UUUUGUAACUAUUUACUCUCGUACAAAUUUAAUAAUUUACAAGCCACGAGAUAAUUGGAUUGGAUAUUAUUAUUUUAUUUAUUAAAAAUUUUGUUUUUUAAUUCAACUUAAAAUGCCGAUUUGUGUUGUUUGUGGUAGAUCGCAUAAUUCUAAAAGCAAAUCCGAUGGCAUUACAUUUCACAGACUGCCAUCAGGCCCUAUUCAAGCCGAAUGGAUUACAUUUGCAUUUGAAUGUGGUAUCCAUGCCAGCAUGCUAAAACCACUGCAUAGUCUGUUUUGUUCUGAACAUUUCAAUAAAAAUUGUUUUGAAAAAUAUGUACGUACUACAUUAUUGAAACCUGAUUCUGUACCAUCAAUCAUGGUUCAAAGAAUAAAAUGUGCAAAAGUUCUGUAUCCUGAAAAAACCGUUUCGGUGGCAUUGGAUUUGAAGAAUAGUUCUACUAAUGAUACUCAAAACGACAUUGGUGUUCAAGUUUUAUCUAGUGAAGACUCAAUCAACAAUAAUUGUGAUCCAAUUACCGCAAGUCCUGGUGUAUCUGUUGAAUUCAUUACAACACCACAAAAAGUCUCAGACAAAAGUGUUAGCAAUGAAAUUUGGGGACCAGACCAAGAUGAUACACCAAAAAGAUCUUUGCUGAAACGCACGGUUUCAAAAUAUAUUAUCAAUGAUGCUGUAAAAUCUAAAAAAUUAAAGUAUCUAAGGCAAAAAGUUGAACGACAAGCAAAGAAAAUUGCUUCAAUGAAAAUGGUCAUCAGUUCUUUGAAACAAAAUAAUUUACUUAACGAUGAUGAGCUAGAACUCUUCUCCGAACAAUUUGUUGAGCCAUCGAGGAUCUAACAUUCCUAUCAUAUGUGGAUAUGGGGGAAUUGGGUGGGCUUAAGCCCUCACAAAAUGUAAUUAAGCUUCAUCAAACGGUUAAAGCGUCUAAAGCAGUGUUUCCUAAAGGGUGUGCCGCGACAACUUGGAACUUUUUUUUAUAUUAUUUCCUAAUAACGAUAUUAUUCGAUAAGUAGAUAAAAUUUAUCCUAAGUGUGCCGUGACUUAUAAAAACUAAUAAUAAUGUGCCGCGAUGGGAAAAAGUUUGGGAACCAAUGGUCUAAAGCUAUGUGUUUACAUCAUUAUAAUAUAUUAUACAAGGUGUUGCAUGAUAAACGUGUCAAACUUUUAGAGGUGUUUCUAGACCUCAAAUACAACAAAAAAAGUCCUUAUGACCAUAAUUAAAUUAUCAAUAAUAAAGGAGAUAUUUCAAUGA